AUCACAGCGCAUGGCAGAUCUCCCGGAAGAACGUCUCAAACCCGGCCCUCCCUUCACUCAGGUUGGCAUAGACUGUUUUGGGCCUUGGGAGGUGGUCAGCAGAAGAACCCGAGGCGGGACUGCUCAAAGCAAAAGAUGGGGAAUGAUAUUCUCAUGUCUCACGUCCAGAGCUGUCCACAUCGAAGUCAUUGAGGAAAUGAGCACUUCAUCAUGCAUUAACGCCCUGCGACGCUUCAUAGCCUUGCGAGGCAAAGUCGAAGUGUUUUGGUCUGAUCAAGGAUCAAAUUUUGUAGGAGUGAUGAACGACAAGCUCUUUCAGUCUUACCUUGAGAAGAAUGACACACAAUGGAAACUGAAUCCUCCCCAUGCCCCUCAUAUGGGAGGAGUUUGGGAAAGACUGAUCGGCGUGACCAAAAAGAUUCUCAACGGCAUCCUGCUCGAAACCAAACAUCAAAGUCUUACUCACGAGACACUAGUCACUUUUAUGACAGAGGUCAUGGCCAUAGUCAACGCUCGACCUCUCGUCCCGUUGACCUCCGACCCAGAGGAUACUUCCUUCCUCACCCCAUCAAUGUUGCUGACUCAGAAACAUGGAAGUAUCGAUGAAGUGAUCGUCGAAGACUCCGCUUCCAACAUGUACAGGGCUCAGUGGAAGAUGGUUCAAGUUCUCGCCGACCGGUUUUGGAAACAAUGGAGGCUCCGUUACCUCCAGAGUCUUCAGCACAGGCGUAAAUGGAUCAACCCGGAGAGAAACAUUGCAGUUGGGGACGUAGUGUUGUUGAGAGAUAAAGACAUCAGGAGAAACCAGUGGCCUCUGGGUAUUGUUGACGGUGUCAGUCCUGGAGAUGAUGGAUUGGUUCGAAAGGUGAAUGUCCGUUUGCCAUCAACUGGAAAGACGUAUGCCAGACCAGUGCACGAGUUGGUUCUGUUGGUGGAAUCUGGAUAACCAGAUGCCUUUGUCUUCGUA